ACAAAAUACAGCAUGUGGCCCGAUGCCAAUAAAACAGACACAGAGCGGAAAUUUUAAAGUGUCCUAUAGACGGAACUGAUAAAGUAUACAGCCCGAUUCCGUGGUGCAGCAAUCGGCCCACAGGUUGUGGAACGGCAACAUGACGACUGUCGUCACUAAUUUGAAUCCUGCUGAGCGCGAAACUGAGCUCAUUUUGGACACCAUCACCAACUGGUAAGUGGUCGCUGAUUCAAUUUUAAUAUGUUAAACAUGCAUGAAAACAAUGAAAAGGAUUAUUUGCUAACUAUUCAAAAGCCUGAAUUAUAUGGCACAUUAAGCCCGCAAGCAUGUUUGAUUUACAGUGGAUAUUAAUGUAAGAAAGUAACAGGUUAAAUCCAUUUUGAGGAAUGAUUAACGUUUUUAAGCAUAUAAUUCCCCCAUUCAAUUAAUGAUGUCACCCAUAAACGUUUGUUUCGCUGUCCGAAAUCGUUGUUGUUAUUCUUAUAACAGAAGAUAUUAUAACGUUUUUUUUUACAUUAUAUUGUUUUUUUAUAUAUAACAUUAGCCUAUACUGUGGCUUAGCAUUAUUAAUUGCAAAUGCGUUUAAUAUUGUAUAAGCAGCAGUGGUAGUUUACUGCCUGUAUCAACUUUGGGGUUGAAUUCUAAAUAUAUUUGGGGUUUUCUUGUGUUUGCUGCGAUGCGCAGAUUUAACGGCGUAUGACGCUCUCGACUCAUAUUCUUGCGUUAUGUCUCAAGGCAGUCGAUCAUUAACGCAGUUCCACGUGUAGUCUUCAACGUCGAGCAGAGCAGCCUAUUUAUUAACGUUAACUGCACUUUUAUCAAAAGGCAUCUUCUGAGGUAGGAUAAAGACAACCACAUCAGGUAAGAACAUGGAUCAUCGUAGUCUUAGAAAACGAGCAGUGAAGCGGGUGAAUUCUUUACUUGCCUCCUUUGACAAUGAGAUGCAGGCCUCUGGCAGUAAAGAGUUACAAUCUACUGAAAGUGCAGAGAAUGUGACAAUAAAUGUCUUUAAUAAGCAGGAAGAUUCGGUGGAAGAUCAGCAACACAUUUCUGACAGUGAAGAUGAUUCCCAGAAUUAUGACAUAGAAAGUGUCCAUAUACCACUAACCGAGUCUUUGUGUGAUUGGGCAGUUAAUUUCAGGGUGUCCCUAGUAGCUCUGACUGCACUUCUGGCCAUCUUGAGAGUUCAUCAUCCUUCGCUACCAAAGGAUGCUAGAACUCUUCUCCAUACAACUACCUCCUACAGUAUCCAAGCUGUUGCUGGCGGUACUUACCACUACAUCAGUAUUUUGAAAGCUUUUGCAAAAAGCAUGGAACAUGUUUGGUGUCAUAUUCCAAACAGGCAUGAAUUUAAAUUGCAGCUGCAUGUAGAUGGAUUACCUUUGUUUAAGAGCUCCCCUGUGCAGUUCUGGCCAAUCCUUGGCUUGCUACAGGGUGUUGUGAAGAAGCCAGUUCUCAUUGCUCUGUUCUGUGGCAAUUCAAAGCCAAAAUGUCUGGGUGAGUAUCUUAAAGAUCUUGUCAGUGAGUUAAAAGCACUAAGCCAAGGAUUUGUUUUCAAGGGGAAACAGUGCUGUCUAAAAGUCACCUCUGUCAUCUGUGAUGCUCCUGCAAGAGCGUUCAUUAAAGGAACAAAAUCUCACACGGGUUACUCAGGCUGUGACAAGUGUGUCCAAUCAGGUGUUUAUGUCAAACACAGGAUGACAUUUCCAGAGGCCAGUAGCCCACUCCGGACCGAUCUGUCUUUUAAAAUGAUGUGUGAUGUUCGAAGACAUGGAAAUUUGGACCUGAUAUCCGGAUUUCCAUUUGAGAAUUAUUUAGGCAAGAUGAAAAAGAUGAUAAGAACUCCGCACCAUCCACUAGCCCAAGUUAUUCGUCGAAUCUCUGAAAUGGAUUCUUGUACAGAGAAUGAUGAAGUUUCACAUGGAAAAAUGAAGCUGCAAAAGGAGCAUUACUCUGGCCCAGUUCCUCCCUCUAUAAUGGGCACACCAGUACUUCAGUACCAGCAGCUUGUUAUGGAAGGUACCAAAAUUAAUGUGUCAAGUGAAGGAGAUAGAUGUGUUAAGAUUGGUGGCUGCAUUGCUUUGAUUGACAAUAUCCUUCAGUCCCAGGACAAAAUAUAUAUUGUUUACAGGGAAUAUGAAUUAAUGGAACCAUUUUUUGACUAUCCUCUGAAUUCACUGCAGUUGGGAAUCUACCUUGUUGGCCAAAUCUCGUCUUGCCUAAAAACAAUUCAGUUAUUUGAACAUGUUGAGAAAUAUGUGAGGCUUCCAAAACAAGACAAAUUUGUAGCGGUGCCGCUACUCCACUUGUGCCAGUGAUUUCAUGUAUACCUUUGCAUAUGCACAGCUUCAUAAUUUCUGCUGUGUCUCCUUUUAUGUUAAAGCUUCAAGAUUCUGUUUUAAUCUUCAUUUUUUACAUUCCUUGACAAUUUUCUUUACAUUCUUGUCAUUUACAUGUUCUUUGUUGUUUUAAAAAGCCUACAGGCGUAGUUUACCCAAAAAUAAAAAUUCUGCUAUCAUUUACUCACCCUUUUGUCAUUUGUCAUGUAUGACUUUUUCUUCUGCAUAACACAACAGAAGAUAUUUUGAAGAAUGCUUGUAUAAGAAAACCUUCGGUCCCCAUUGACUUGUAUUGGUUUUGUGUCCAAACAGUAGAAGUUAAUGGGUACCACCAUUUUUUGGUUUACAACAUUCUUCAAAAUGUCUUCUUAUGUGAAAGUCAUACAGUUUUGAAAUUACAAGGGGGUGAGUUAAUGAUGAGUGUUCAGUUUUGGGUGAAUUAACUCACACGAUUUCAUUAUUAUUUCAUUAUUGCUGAUUAUUUACUUACACCGUAUCAUCCAUGAUGUUUGUCUUUCUUCAGUUGAAGAAAAAUUUAGGUUUUUAUCGUAAUUUUCUCCAUGUAACGCAAUUCAGCUGAGGCCAUUGUGUUUGAAGAUCAAAAAUACAGUUUCAAUGCAGCCUUCAGUAAAUGACUCAGUUGAUGACUGGUAUAAUAGUAGACAGUGAUUAAAAAGCUGAGCUGAAACUCUAUUUUGGACUUUCAAAAUAAUGGUCCCUGUAAAAAGGAAUCCAUAAACUUUAAUUAAUUCAAUAUUGUGUGACAUUUGGGGUGAGUAAAUAAUCAGCUAAAUUUGGCUAAUCCAUUUGAGUAAUCCAUUAUUCAAAAAUGUGGGGGUGUUACUUUAAUAAUAAAAAAAACAAAGAUAUGUUUAUACAGUAUAUGUACCUGUAAAUAUUGUUUUACAUAACAGAUAUGUUCACGGUUGUCGAAUUUAUUGAAACGCACGAGGUGGAGCUGGUCCCAGCCAUUUGGGUAGAGAAUGGAGAGUGCUGUUGGCCUAAUUCUCUAAGAGGCAUGGCCCUACACCAGGCCAUCAAAAACCAGAUGGCUCCUCAUCUUGACUGGGACCGAUGGGAUGUCCGAACAAUGUUUUCAACAGAAAACUAUGAGGAGGGCAGGAAGAAGGCCAAAGAGGCGGAGACCUGGUCAGACCUCCAGACAGAUGCAGAAGUAUCUGGGCAAAGACUACCAAGGCGUAAAACGAAGAGUGUACGGAUUGGCCCUCCUGGAGGUAAUGCUCGUUGUUCCUUGGACUCAGAGGAUGAGUAUGCCCCACCAACUAAACAAAUUCAUCCACCGGCCCCCAUCAUAAACUUUCCUACAGUCACCCCAGCCACCACUUUACCAGCAGAAGCACGAGCAACACCACAUGACUCCUUUACAGAGAUGCUGCAGAACUGGGAGCCAAUGGACGAAAUUCCACGGUGUCAGACAUCCCGAGGAACGCCCCAGCAAUCUUCAGAAACAGCCAUGCUCAGGGAGGUAUUAACUAAAUUAGAGAUGGUCUUGGACCAACAAACAACUAUCCUGAGAUUGCUGCAGCUGCGGGAGGUUCAAGUGCAGCCUUUCGAUAUUGAGGAAAGUUCUCUGCCCCUCAAAGACCUUCCUCACCUGCAUAGUCUGGAGAAAAGAAUGCAGCAGAGCCCAGAAUACAAGCAAAAACUGGUGAACUGGUUGGGGCUAAUUGGCGGGACAGAUGUGCGUGACUGCACCUGGCGCAUACUGAAAAGGGUGAUCGCCAACUCACUGGCAAAAAACCUCAAUUGGAGAGGAGUCAAUGGUAAGACAUCGCUUGCCACCCUCCAACUCAGAGACGUAGUGAUUAGUGCAGUUCGGAGAAACCCUCUAACGGCUAAUGCUGCUGAAACUGAGGUGGAGGGGACCAUGAAGAGGUGGCUCCAGCUGGCAGCGGACCGAGAGGGUGGGCGCAAGAGACGUCUUUUGUUGAAGGAAAAAAAUUAGUCUGUGCAUCUGUGUUUGUGACUGUAUGACUGUAUAACAUGUUUUAAUGUAAAAAGUAUGAUUUUGGUGGGUGGGUCAUUUUUUUAUUUAGUUUUUCUGAAAAAUUGUAAAUAAAUGUGUUUAUGUUGUUAUUUUUAAUUUUAACUGUUCAAUUGUUUAAAUACCUUUUUGACAGGUUGUGUGUGUCUGGAGUGCGUACGUACGUACGUGCGUUCGAUGAAACGUGUUUGUAGCUGAAUAGGUUCAUGUUUUCUAAGACAAAAAUAGAUUUUUCUUGUAAAAUUAGUUUGUGUGUGUGUGCCUCUGUGUAGUGUAUUUGUAAAGUCUGCUGUAUUUGUUUAUUGUUAUCAUAUGUUCAGAUUACAAUGUAUUUUGUUUAGUACAUGGUCAUAUGUUUUUGUUUAAUGUGUUCAUAUUGUUCUGUGUUAAAUUUUAAUAAAUGCCCUUACCCUUUUUA